UAUAUAUAUUCACGUAUGUAUAGCUCAAGGAAUUAAUCAAGGAGGAGAUGCCUAGCACCAUAUUUGUUUGGCUUAUCUUGCUUAUACUAAUAUGUAUUUUUGGAGCAAGUGGAGCUCAAGCAAGCAAUGGGACUCUUCCUGAGGAUGAAAUGAAUGCUCUUCGGGAAAUAGCUGCACAAUUGGGGAAAAAAGAUUGGGAUUUCAGGCUGAACCCUUGUGAUACCAGGAACUCGAACUGGCAAACACCAAGACCCAACGAAACACCACUCAUUCAUAACAACACUCUCAACUGCAAUUGCUCUUUUCCUAAUGGCGUAUGCCACGUCAUUAGCAUAUUUCUUAAAGGGCAGGACCUUGCUGGUGUGCUACCGCCAUCUUUGGUAAAGUUACCGUACAUCAAGACAAUUGAUUUCACUCGCAACUAUCUCAGUGGUACAAUACCCCAGGAAUGGGCUUCUACCAAAUUGGAAUAUAUGUCUCUUACUAUCAACCGCUUAUCAGGACCCAUCCCACCCUACUUGGGAAACAUUACAACUCUCGUUUAUCUGAGCUUAGAGAUAAAUCAAUUUAGUGGUACUGUUCCAGCUGAGCUUGGGAAGCUGCCCAACUUGGUGAAUCUAAUUCUCAAUGAUAACAAUCUCACGGGAGAGUUGCCAAUGGAGCUCAGCAAUCUAACCAAAUUGACAGAACUUAGGUUAAGCGGCAACAACUUUACUGGAAAAUUACCCAGUUUCCAAAGUUGGAAACAACUUCGGAUGUUAGAGAUACAAGCUGGUGGUUUCGAAGGACCCAUACCUUCUAGCAUUUCUGUCUUAAAUUACUUAACCGAAUUAAGGAUCAGUGACUUAUAUGGAGGAAAUCCAGUUUCAGCUUUUCCGCAGCUAGGAGACAUGAAAGGAAUGCAAUAUUUGAUUUUGAGGAGCUGCAAUAUAUCUGAUGCAAUCCCUGAAUAUAUAGCAGAAAUGAAAGAGUUGAAAUAUUUAGACCUCAGCUUCAAUAAGUUGGAAGGGGAGAUUCCAAACCUUGACGGACUCACAAAUGUGACGGACAUGUAUCUGACAAGCAACCUGCUUUCUGGACCUAUACCAGAGUGGAUCAAGGGGAGAGGUCCUAGCUACCAUAUAGAUCUCUCUUACAAUAACUUUUCGGAGGACUCUGUACCGAAUUUCUGUCCGGAUAGCCUAAACUUGUUCAGAAGCUUCUCAAAUGGGAACAACUUGGAAUUGGGAAAGUGCUUGAAGGAAUAUUAUCCUUGUUCAGAAAACCAAUAUUCAUUUCAUAUCAAUUGCGGCGGAGCAAAAAUUACUAUCGGAAAUACCACUUAUGAAGCAGAUGAAGACCCAGGAAAUUCAGCAAAAUUUGUUCCUAAAGUAGCAAAUUGGGGAACUAGUACCACUGGGGACUUCUGGAGACGUGAGGCAGAUAAAGAUUACAUAGCGAAAAAUGUAUCUGUCUUGACAAUGAAUGACUCUGAAUUGUUCACAAGGGCUCGCCUGUCUCCUCUAUCUCUCACUUAUUAUGGGCGUUGCUUGGCAAAUGGGAACUAUACUGUGACACUCCACUUUGCUGAGAUAAUUUUCAGAGAUAACCGAUCUUUUCAGAGUCUUGGAAGACGGAUGUUUCAUGUUUAUAUACAGAAUGAGCUAGUUUUGAAGGAUUUUGAUAUUGAACGUGAAGCACAAGGGGUUGAUAAGGUGUUUAUAAAGAAAUUGAAAACAAUUGUGAAGGAUAAAACUUUAGAAAUUCGCUUUCAUUGGGCUGGGAAAGGAACAACAGCCGUCCCUAUUAGAGGAACCUAUGGCCCUCUUGUGUCAGCAAUUUCUGUGGAAUCUGACAACCCUCCUGAUGGAGAAAAGAAGAUAUCCAUUAUAGUUGGAGCUGUGGCUUCGGCAUUAUUCCUCAUUCUCAUAGUUCUUGGUAUUGCUUGGUGGAAAGGCGUUUUUGGGAACAGAAACUCAAGGGAACAAGAUCUGAGAGGAUUAGACUUGCAAACUGGAUUAUUUACCUUUAGACAAAUUAAAGCCGCCACUAAUAACUUUGAUAUUGCAAACAAGAUAGGAGAAGGUGGUUUUGGAUCUGUCUACAAGGGCAUACUACUGGAUGGUACCGUAAUUGCUGUUAAGCAACUUUCUUCCAAAUCAAAACAAGGAAAUCGUGAAUUCGUGAAUGAAAUAGGCAUGAUUUCUGGUUUACAGCACCCUAAUGUCGUAAGAUUGUAUGGAUGUUGUACUGAACGUAAACAAUUACUAUUGGUAUAUGAAUACAUGGAGAAUAAUAGCCUCGCCAGUGCUUUGUUUGGUCCAAAGGAAGGGAAAUUGAAAUUGGACUGGCCUUCAAGGCAAAGAAUUUGUAUUGGCAUUGCAAAAGGCAUAUCUUUCCUCCAUGAGGAAUCUACAUUGAAAAUGGUUCAUAGAGACAUCAAGGCUACCAAUGUACUGCUUGAUAGGGAUCUUAACCCUAAAAUAUCCGACUUUGGUUUGGCCAAGCUUGACGAAGAGGAGAACACCCACAUUAGCACCAGAAUUGCUGGAACCAUAGGAGACAUGGCACCAGAAUAUGCAUUAUGGGGUUACUUGACCUACAAAGCAGAUGUGUAUAGUUUUGGAGUUGUUGCAUUGGAGAUUGUUGCUGGAAAGAACAACAUAAAAUAUCGUCCUGAUGAGAAUUAUGUCUGUCUUCUGGAUUGGGCCUUCGUUUUACAACAAAAAGGAAAUCUAAUGGAGUUAUUGGAUCCAAAAUUGGGUUCCACUUUCAACAAAGAAGAGGCAUUAAGAAUGAUACAAGUAGCACUGUUAUGCACUAAUCCAUCUCCCGCACUUAGGCCUACCAUGCCUGCAGUAGUAAGCAUGCUUGAGGGUCGUAUCAAGGUUCAGAAUUUAGUGGCAGAUCCAAAUAUCUAUGGUGAUGAAUCAAGGUUCGAAGCUCUCAGAGGCAAGUAUGAUGAGCUGCAACUCCAGAGCUCAAGUGACACUCAGACGUUUGAUUCAUCCUAAGUAACACGAAAUGGCUCUUCCUUCACUUGUGCCCAGGAUCUCCAUCGAAUCGAUUUUGCUCCUCAGUAAUGAAACAAUGGUGAGAACAAGGUAGCCUAGAGAAUUGCAUAGAUAGGGAAAAAAAAAUGCAGUAGUUUCUUCGUAUUCUUCCUCCAUCCUACAGAAAAACAAUGUUUUUCUAUGUUCUGUCUAAUGGAUAGGAAACAGUUCUUCUAAACCUUUGGUAUAGGUUCAAAUCCUAUUGGACGUAAUUUUUUUUUAAUUUUUAUGUCAAGAAAGACAUUUUGAAUGAUUUGAAUUAGAGACGUUUGAUUACUAGAA